GUCAUGCAGCCUGGGAAAUGGACUCUCAUCUUGGUCCUGUUUUGCCUAUUUACUCACCAGCUGGAAGGUGCCUGCCUCAUCAACCCAUCCGUCAGGGCAGCAGUCAGACUCCCGAGGAUGACACCAUUUUGGAGGGGCCUGUCUUUGCGCCCGCUAGGUGCCUCCUGCAGGGAUGCGUCGGAGUGCCUAACGAGGUUGUGCAGUAACAGUCGCUGCUCCCUGAAGACUUUUAGUGAUUAAGUCGCUCGUUACCCUUGCAAUGAUAUAAGAAUACACAUUCUUUGAGACCGGCCCUCCUAAACAAUGGUAUUUAUUCUUAGGAGAUGUUGCUCCAGUGCUUUGUAUUUAUUCAUUUGUAAUAUAGAAUUUUCCAAGUCA